UCGGUUGCCCUUCCUUGAACGACGUCAGUUAGUUCAUGGACAGAGUCUGUAGGAAAAGGUAGCUAUGCGUUAGCUUGUUUGAACAUGGCUGCACGGCGCUGAGAUUUAUCUAUUACAAGAACAAUGUAGAAGUUUGUUACUGCCAUUAUCGGACAGUUCUAGAAGCAAAUGGGCGAGAAUGAAGCGAUCUUCAGUUGUUAAAUAUCUUGGGAAGUUUUGAAAAGUAGAGGAAUAAUGAGUGUGUUAGAUUCUGUGACGAGACGGACAUCCGUUCACCUUUGCAUUCAACUGCUAGUCAUUGAACACCAAUGCACGUACCUGUGUUCUGACGUCGUUAUUUCGGAAGUAGUGAUCUGAGGGUAUCUUGUGCAAGAAACAUCGUAACCAUUAACACCAAGUGUUCUUGUGAUAAGUAAAGUAUAUAUAGACUUGUAACAGUAAGUGUGAAACGUAAAAUAACAGUGAACUGAGUAGUGAUGUUGAACGGUUGAACGUGUUUUGAACGUCGCGAUGCCCAGGCCGAGCCGCGAGUCAUACGGGGACCAGAAGCCACCGUACUCGUACAUCUCGUUGACCGCUAUGGCCAUCUGGAGCUCUCCUGAGAAGAUGUUGCCGCUGUCAGACAUCUAUCGCUUCAUCACCGAGCGUUUCCCUUACUACCGUCGGAACACACAGCGUUGGCAGAACUCCCUGAGGCACAACCUCUCCUUCAACGACUGCUUCAUCAAGAUCCCGAGGCGACCCGACCGACCGGGAAAGGGCGCCUAUUGGGCUCUGCAUCCCGCAGCCCUCGACAUGUUCGAGAACGGUAGUCUACUUCGGCGAAGGAAGCGAUUCAAGUUGAUGAAGACGGAUAAAGAUCGUCUUGAAAACGAGUUAGCGGCUCUGGCCAACAUAAACCGGUUCAUGUUCGCACCGCCUCAACCGGCUUUACCGGACACGACAUCGGCGGCGGCCGCCUCGCAGUUGGUCCAUCAGAGUCCGGUCGCUAACCGCCCAGUGACGGGGACAACUGUUUCUUCCUCCCAGGUGCAGAGGCCGAAGCGUUCGUUCACCAUAGAGAGCCUCAUUUCACCAGACAAGCCUUCUGCAGAGACGGAGGAUGAUCUGACGUCGGUCCCCGUAACCACAGCGCCACCGGUAGCAUUCCUAUACAACCCGAUUGCAGUGACAGCGCCAUCGCCUUGCUACGGCGGUCUCGUACAUCCUACAUCCUACAUGCACCCUUCUCUAGUAAUGGGACUAGUACAACCGCACCCAGGAUUUUACCCACAGCACCCCAUUCAGGCGGAACAUCCAGGUGCCCCCGUCUCCAGCGUAUUCAGGUUCAGUCCUACUUUGAGGUCAGUCUGACCCGUGACGGUGACCUCUGCGUGGGUCACAGAUAAACCUUCGGCCGACGUGACCGAUGCUGGGGUCACCAACAGAGGGGUGCCAUGUGACUUGCGGACUUGGCCUGCACCUCCCGGUGUGAGUAGGUGACCUGUGUGACACCCCAACCCCUCCCCCCCCUCCCCGCGAUAAAUCAGGACGAAAUUAUUCGUCAACGCUAGGUACUGUUCGAUAUACCACUGUUAUGACUGGUAACAUAUUAGCCACAUUCUGUCGGUUGUACUCGACGUGUGGACAGUGAGCGCUUAUGUGGUAGUUAUGUACGUAUGUAAAUAGUCCUAAUUACAAGAGAUGAAAGAGCGACAUGCUAUUACAGUAUUUCGCAUCGACUGUUGGCAAAAUUACAGAGAUUGUUAGUUCUGGUAAUUGCAUUUCCAUCAUGGCAACUAUUUGUUUAAUUGAUUGUGUACAUAGUCUGUAGUGACAAAAAGCCUCUGUAUGACAGUGAAAGUCGUUAAAUAAAUUAUGUAAUAUGAUUCCUGAA